AUGAUGAUGGGUGAAAAUGACAUCUUAUCAGCCGAACAAUAUUACGAGACGAACAACGAGGCGACACCUCUUCUUUUACGAGCCCCCGAUCCGCCAUACAAGAUGGUGAAAAAUAUCGGCAUUUCGCAGCAGGCUUUAGUCGUGGAUACGACGGGCUCGAAGAUGUCAAGCGCUAAUAAGUUUCCCCAAUACAUGGCUGGGGUCUCGGCGACCCUUGGUGCCAUGGCCGCAGGUAUGGUGCUCGGGUGGACUUCGGCUGCCGGCAAGAACGGGAUAGACCUCGCCAAAGAGUACAACAUACCCCUGACCGCCGACGAGUUCUCAUGGAUCGGAUCCCUCGUAACCCUCGGGGCGGCGGCGAUCUGCGUACCCAUUGGAAUACUGUCGGACCUCAUUGGCCGUAAGACCGCGAUGCUCCUCCUCGUGAUACCAUUCACCAUCGGCUGGCUCUUCAUCAUAAUGGCCAAGUCCAUCCUCAUGUUCUACGUCGGACGAUUCGUAACCGGCCUUAGCGGAGGUGCCUUUUGCGUAACGGCGCCCAUGUACACGGCCGAGAUAUCGGAGAGCUCGAUCCGUGGCACCCUCGGCUCCUACUUCCAGCUGAUGCUCGUAAUAGGCAUCCUCUUGUCUUACGGUCUCGGCCCAGCCAUCAAUAUGUACAAUCUAUCAUUGAUCUCCGCGGUCGUGCCCGUCGUCUUCUUUUGCGUGUUCAUCUUCAUGCCGGAAACGCCGAUCUAUUACCUGAGGAAGGGCAAUCGGGACGCAGCGAAAGCGAGCCUCCUAAGGUUGCGCGGCUCGCAUUACAACGUCGAGCCAGAAUUACAGGCGCUGGAGGAGUCGUUGAUGGAGGAACAGAGAAAAAAGACGUCCUUAGCCCAGGCUUUAAGGACUAAAGCCGCGAGGAAGGGCCUCGUCAUCGCCUUCGGACUCAUGUUCUUUCAGCAGCUGAGCGGCAUCAACGCCAUCAUCUUCUACGCCGGAUCGAUAUUCGAGAGCGCCAACAAAUCCAUAUCGGUCAAUGUGUCCACGCUGAUCGUCGGUAUAAUUCAGGUUAUCGCGGUCUUUCUCAGUACGUUGGUCGUCGACAAGCUCGGCAGGAGGAUCCUAUUGUUCGUCUCGAUCGUCGUCAUGUUGGUAACCACUUUCUUCCUCGGCACCUACUUCUAUCUGCAGCGGCAAACGAGCGUAGACGUUACGCAUAUUGGAUGGUUGCCGCUCCUUUGCGUCUGCGUUUUCAUCUUCCUGUUCUCGGUGGGUUUCGGGCCCAUUCCUUGGUUGAUGAUUGGCGAACUCUUCUCCUCGACCACAAAGGGUAUCUCUGGAAGUAGCGCCUGCUUCUUCAAUUGGCUCAUGGCGUUCGUCGUCACCAAAUAUUAUUCGUCGCUCGAGUUGGCAGCUGGUACUUACACAUGCUUCUGGCUGUUCUCGGCUAUCUGCGCGAUCGGCUCCGUCUUCGUUUUAGUCCUGGUGCCCGAGACCAAAGGCAAGACGCUGGAAGAGAUUCAGCAUGAGUUGGGUGGUCAAAGUAGCAGCAACGAAGCUGAUAAGGCUUGACGAUGAUCGUUGAUGCGAUCGAUAGCACAAGCGUGUGAAAAUAAAUUAAACGUGAAACAUCAAAUGUUCUUUACGCCGGUGCUUGAUUUAGUUACAUUUCAGUAUGCUGAUGAAGCCACGAGGCGCUAAGUGUCAUAAAUCG